AAAAAAAAAAAAAAAUCAACCAAGCAAAACAGCCCCCAACAGCCAAGCAUACAUCUCUAUUUUUUUAAUCUUGGUAUUUUCGUUGGAUUUUCCUUGACCCCCCCUCCCCCGCUCUUCUUUUCCCCAUGUUAUCGCUCAGUUUUGAGCGAAGGUUUACAUUUUUGUGAAAUUUUGCUUUUCAGCCCGUCUUGAUGUUUUAGCGCGAGUUCAUCGACUUAAAAAAAAAAAUCUGUGGUUGGCGUUUUUCUUUCCUUUUUUUUUUUUUUUUUUAAUAUUUUCAAGAGGGAGGAGAUUUUUCCGCAAGAAAAGGUUGUUUUCAUGUUUGGGAUUCAGGAAAGCAUCCAGCGGAGUGGGAGCAGUAUGAAGGAAGAGCCGCUGGGCAGCGGCAUGAACGCGGUGCGGACGUGGAUGCAGGGCGCCGGGGUGCUGGACGCCAACACAGCGGCGCAGAGCGGGGUGGGUCUGGCCCGGGCUCACUUUGAGAAGCAGCCGCCUUCUAAUCUGCGAAAAUCCAACUUCUUCCACUUCGUCUUGGCCCUCUACGACAGACAGGGCCAGCCGGUGGAGAUCGAGAGGACAGCCUUUGUGGGGUUCGUGGAGAAGGAAAAAGAAGCCAACAGCGAAAAGACCAAUAAUGGGAUUCACUACCGGCUCCAGCUCCUCUACAGCAAUGGGAUAAGGACUGAACAGGAUUUCUACGUGCGCCUCAUUGACUCCAUGACAAAACAAGCCAUAGUGUAUGAAGGCCAAGACAAGAACCCUGAAAUGUGCCGAGUCUUGCUCACACAUGAGAUCAUGUGCAGCCGCUGUUGUGACAAGAAAAGCUGUGGUAACCGAAAUGAGACUCCCUCAGAUCCAGUGAUAAUUGACAGGUUCUUCUUGAAGUUUUUCCUUAAAUGCAACCAAAAUUGCCUAAAGAAUGCAGGAAACCCUCGUGAUAUGCGGAGAUUCCAGGUCGUGGUAUCUACCACAGUCAACGUGGAUGGCCAUGUCCUGGCAGUCUCCGAUAACAUGUUUGUCCACAAUAACUCCAAGCAUGGGCGGAGGGCUCGGAGGCUUGACCCCUCGGAAGGUACGCCCUCUUAUCUGGAACAUGCAGCUACUCCCUGUAUCAAAGCCAUCAGCCCGAGUGAAGGAUGGACGACGGGAGGUGCAACUGUGAUCAUCAUAGGGGACAAUUUCUUUGAUGGCUUACAGGUCAUAUUCGGUACCAUGCUGGUCUGGAGUGAGUUGAUUACUCCUCACGCCAUCCGUGUGCAGACGCCUCCUCGGCACAUCCCUGGUGUUGUGGAAGUCACAUUAUCCUACAAGUCCAAGCAGUUCUGCAAAGGAACUCCAGGCAGAUUCAUCUACACAGCCCUCAAUGAACCUACCAUUGAUUACGGUUUCCAGAGGUUACAAAAGGUCAUUCCCCGGCAUCCUGGUGACCCUGAACGCUUGCCAAAGGAAGUGAUCCUCAAGCGGGCUGCGGAUCUGGUGGAGGCCCUGUAUGGGAUGCCACACAACAACCAGGAAAUUAUUCUGAAGAGAGCAGCUGACAUCGCAGAGGCCCUGUACAGCGUCCCCCGCAACCACAACCAGCUGCCAGCCCUCGCUAACACCUCUGUCCAUGCGGGGAUGAUGGGUGUGAACUCAUUCAGUGGACAGCUGGCUGUGAAUGUCUCAGAAGCAUCACAAGGCACCAAUCAAGGUUUCACUCGCAACUCAAGCAGCGUGUCACCACAUGGCUAUGUGCCGAGCACCACCCCUCAGCAAGCCAGCUACAACUCCGUGACCACGAGCAUGAAUGGAUACGGCUCUGCCGCCAUGUCCAAUCUGGGCGGCUCCCCAACCUUCCUCAAUGGCUCAGCUGCCAACUCGCCCUAUGCCAUCGUGCCAUCCAGCCCCACCAUGGCCUCCUCGACAAGCCUCCCGUCCAACUGCAGCAGCUCCUCGGGCAUCUUCUCCUUCUCACCAGCCAACAUGGUCUCGGCCGUGAAACAGAAGAGUGCUUUUGCCCCGGUUGUCAGACCCCAGAGCUCCCCGCCUCCCACCUGCAGCAGCACCAAUGGGAACAGCCUGCAAGCGAUAUCUGGCAUGAUUGUUCCUCCCAUGUGAAAGAAUUGCCUUGAAGAAUUUUGUUAAUGAAGAGGUUGGAUUCUGCUACAAAAGUAAUCUGAUACAAGUCCCAGAGUGGAACUUUUAACUCAGGCCUUUUUAAGAGGAAUCACAAUAACUGCAGAUUUUUAAACAAACAAAGUCACUGACUUGCAAAUACUGAAAUUGGAAGGGUCUGCAAGUGCAGGGUGUGUUGGUUAAAGUUGUGCCCCCAAGUAUCUGGGGGAUAUAUUUAUUCUGUAUUGAUAAAAGCGAAUCCACUUUCUCUCUCUCUUUCUCUCUUUUUUUUUUUAAAGCUUAACUAUGAGAUCAUUUGUCUUUUAUAAACCAUAAAGCUAUACACAAGGGACACUAUAAAUAAAACUCCAUGUUUUAAUUUAUGAUGUUUUUAAAGCUGUGUAAGGGGAGAAUGAAGUGGUGAUAUUUGCAAAAAAAAAAAAUAAAAAUAAAAAUAAAAAAGGUAAAGAAAAAAA